AGGCAAUGGUUAGAGAAAGAACGCGGCGUGCGAGAGAGAGCGAGCGAGGGUGCGCGCGAGAGAGAGAGAGUUGGAGAGAAAGGCAGGAAAAAAGAAGCAGCACUUGGGUUUGCCAGCGGUCGUACGCGCUCGUCCAACAUUGAUUCGGUUCUCUCUUUUUUUUCCCCCAUAUUCUGCGCUUAGCUUUCGCCAGCCCCCCCCUCCUCCUCCACCCCCUACCCUGUGCCUGUGUGUGUACGUAUGUGUGAGUGUGUGUGUGUGUGCGCGUGUGUGUGUGCAUCUCUCUCUGCACGUCUUAUACAGGACUCAGAGAUCUAAAGCAAACACCAGUACCAAUUACGCUUUGCCAAGGAUUUUUUUUAGCUUCGCUGAAUUUUUUUUUUUUAGUUUUGGAAAAGGCGCAAAAGAAGUGUGUUUAUUUUCAGCGCCGCGAUUCCACUCAAUUUUUUUUUUCGUCUUCCUUUUUUAGGGGGGCGCAGAUACUACCUUCGUAAAUUUUUUUUCACUUUACAAAUCCUCCUGCUUUCCAUUUUGAAAUUUGGUCUGUCUUUACCUUGAUUUUUUCCUGCGCUCCUUUUCAACAUAUCCUGAGGAUGCACUCCUAUUUUUUCUUUUUCUCAAAAAGUGUUUGACUUUUUUUUCUGAACUGAUAGCCGGACUCUUUUCUUUGUCCACUCUGUGCUAUUUUUGAGUCGUCUUCUCAGAUUUUUAAUUUUCUGUCAUUUUUUGUACCUGAGCCAGAAUUGCAUUUUUUUUUUUGUCAAAACACCAGAGACAGCGACAGAGAACUUGUGUGGGAGAUUCCUGCUCGGUUUUGAACGGCGUGCCAAAUUUAGGAUGAGAGUGCAAAAUGGAUGAAUUCCAUCCCUUCAUCGAGGCCCUGCUGCCCCACGUCCGCGCCUUCUCCUACACCUGGUUCAACCUGCAGGCCCGCAAGCGCAAGUACUUCAAGAAGCACGAGAAGCGCAUGUCCAAGGACGAGGAGCGCGCGGUGAAGGACGAGCUGCUCGGCGAGAAGCCGGAGAUCAAGCAGAAGUGGGCCUCGCGCCUGCUGGCCAAGCUCCGCAAGGACAUCCGGCCCGAGUUCCGCGAGGACUUUGUGCUGACCAUCACGGGCAAGAAGCCGCCGUGCUGCGUCCUCUCCAACCCCGACCAGAAGGGCAAGAUCCGCCGCAUCGACUGCCUGCGGCAGGCCGACAAGGUGUGGCGCCUGGACCUGGUGAUGGUGAUCCUGUUCAAGGGCUCGCCGCUGGAGAGCACGGACGGCGAGCGGCUGGUCAAGUCGCCGCAGUGCUCCAACCACGGACUCUGCGUCCAGCCGCACCACAUCGGCGUCUCCGUCAAAGAGUUGGACCUGUACCUGGCCUACUUCGUCCACACGCCAGCAGAGUCCCAGCAAUCUGACAAUUCCAACCAGCAGGGAGACGCAGAUAUCAAGCCUCCGCCCAAUGGGCAUCUGAGUUUCCAGGACUGCUUUGUGACUUCGGGAGUGUGGAACGUGGCCGAGCUGGUCCGCGUCUCUCAGACUCCGGUUGCCACAGCGACUGGACCCAACUUCUCUUUGGCCGAUCUGGAAAGCCCCGGCUACUACAACAUCAACCAGGUGACCCUGGGCCGGCGAUCCAUCACCUCCACCCCCUCCACCAGGACUGAGAUGGAGCUUUAUGCAAGUCUCCCCCGGAGCUCUAACAAGCGCAAGUCCAUUGAUGACAGUGAGAUGGAGAGCCCGGUGGAUGAUGUCUUCUACACGACUGGACGCUCUCCUGCACCUGGUGGCAGCUCCCAGCCCAGCGGCUGGCCCAACGACGUGGAUGCAGUGCAGCACCAUUUGGCGAGUAUGCAGGAGAGGAAGAUUAAGCACGAGAACGAUGCCGUGCAGUUUCCUUACCAUGAUGGAGAUGAAAGACAAAUGCCCUUUUACAAAUAUUUAGGACUCUCCUCGCCUGGUUCUCUAAAGAAGCCGGGGAAAUUCGAUUUCAGCGCCCUGUCGCCCCAGACGAGGCCUCCCCGCAUGACCUUCACCCACAACCCGCUGCACAUGCUGGCGGGCGUGAGACCAGGAAGCCCCCGUGCCUCUGCCUCCUCCCUGCACUUCCCCUCUCCCUCCAUCAUCCAGCAGUCCAGCCCGUACUUCACCCACCCCACCAUCCGCUACCACCACCACCCGGGCCAGGAUCCGCUCAAGGAGUUUGUGCAGUUCGUAUGCGCUGACGGAUCAGGGCAGGCCGGAGGCCAGCCAAACGGGAGCGGCCAGAGCAAAAUGCCGGGCUCCUUCUUGCUGCCUCCACCCCCCCCGGUGGCCCGCCCAGUGCCCCUUCCCAUGCCCGACUCUAAACCCAGCAGCACGCCCCCUGACGGCGGACUCACCUCGCCCACAUCUCCGUCAUACUCCACGCCAGGCUCCGCAGCUCCCAACAGGUUUGUCAGCAUCGGAUCACGGGACAACAACUUUCUAAACAUCCCCCAGCAGACGCAGUCUUGGUUCCUCUGACAAGACCUGCCGGUCAAUAAGCGACUAGAAUUCAACUAGAAGCCUGUCAUUAUAUUUGGGAAAUUUCAAACAGAAAACAAACAAACAAAUAUACAAACAAAACAAAAAGUGUAAUUGUGAAAAAUAAUAUGCCAGCAGAACAUGCCCUCUUAUCCCUCCUCUGACCCCCCAUACCAGAAACCUUAAAACGAGGCCAAUCAGAUCUGAUCAGGAACUCUCCGCCCGUUUGUACUGGGACUCUCCCCACCCCCAACCCUGACAGACACCGCAACCAUCAAAAUAAGUAACAACAAAAAAACAAGCAAAAAAAACACAGAAAAAAAAGACCCAGCGCCUCUGCCCCAAUUCAGAAGAAAAAGAGGAUCCCCCCCCCCCAAUCCAACCCACACGAUCGCAAACGAGUUUCUAACAAUGGAGGACAUCCCGUCAGCUCUCCGAAUGACCGCUCAACAGCAGAGCAGCAGCAACACAGCCGACAACGACAGCCGACAUCGCACGAGGAGCAGGAGAGGAGAAGAGGAACCAUCCUACGCUGAUAUCGAGUUUUUUUGUACAAGGACGCAUUGUGCACUGGCUGGGGAGAUCAACAGUUCAAUGGUGAAACACGAGAGGUGAAAGAAAAAAAAACAAAAUUGGAGAAAAAAAUUGUAAACAAAACAAUGCAUGUUUUUUUUUUUAAAGAUUUUAAAGGGACAUGCAGUUCUGUUUUCCCAGCCACAAAACACACUGACAGUAGGUUGACUACACCCCCCCCACAACACACUCACACACACACACACACACACACACACACACACACACAGCCCACAAAUGCACAUACACGCUCUUUCAUUUACACACGCACAAUCACAUAUAUACACACACACACACACACACACACACACACACACACACACACACACACAUGCACACACACACACUUGUGAAGGCGGUAGCACCCCUUUAGCAUGGUGUAUAGUCAGCUACUCUACCCCUGUUCCUCCUACCGAUACAGCCAAACUGUUUUAGACCCAGACACCCAAAUGUUCCUGUGUGACCAUUUACAGUCAAAGAAAUACAAUCCAAUCUGAAAGCUCACACAAAAAAAUUGCACUACAAAUUGCAACACUAAUCUCUUGUGCACUAGUGAAUGUGGGAUGGUGAAGAAAGAUGUUUGCACAUUGUUAUGAAGCAUGAACAGGAAAAAAAUGUGGACAUGACGUUACUUAUCUUUUGAAACAUGUCCAGCAUUUUAGGGGCAUUUUCUACAAGAGGAGUAGAUGGAAGCCAGGGUAUGGCCUCUUCCCACACACACACAAACACACGUGUGCGCACGCACGCACGUGCACACGCACACACACACACGCACACACACACACACACGCACACAAUGUGACUUAAAUUGAGCUGAUCAAAAAUAAUGUUUAAAACAGGGUAAGGACAAUUUCAAAGAAUGCUUGGUACCAAGAACAUGACCAGAAAUUUUCUAGAAGCAGAUGCUGCAUAUUAAGAAAAAGACAUGGACUAUUUAAAUAUGGCAAAGCAUUGGACACUAUUUCUAAUCUUUUUUUUUUUUUCAAAUCUAACUAUUGAAGACAUCCCCCCUGCCCCAUCACUCUCAGAGGGAUAAAUGCCAACUCUGUGACCGAUAAAUACACACACACAUACACACGCGCACAUUGUGUACUUGCACCCGUCAUCCAAUCACUGACAUGUCGUUGGCCAGCACUUCUUGGGCUUAGUGUGAGACGGCAAUAAAGCUAGUGUUUUAAAAUCAGCCUCCCCUCAAAGUUGGCCGUAUUCGUGAGGGAAUAGACGUCGUGGUCGUGGUCGUCGUCGACCCCACACAGUGACCCCCAGUUUGUAAAAGAGCAUAGGCACAUUCAGACAGGGUAAAACACCGGGCCCCUGCUUACUCCUCUGGCCCCUGCCCCGCUCCCGAGCCUCCCGGCCGUGUUAAGUUUACCCCCCCGUUGUUUACACUCCCAGAUGGCCUCUUUCCGCGCUCCAAGAGCGGAGGCCGCGCUGCGGAGCAAAAAGCAUGUGUGACGUGUCAGUAGCUGCAGUAGCCGCGCUCCGAGGCUCGCGGAGACGAGGAGACGGGAGAGCCGGAGGAAGAGGCCCGACGCCAUCGCACCAUCCCGACAAAAAACCUCCCCCCCCCCUCGCAUUCAGCACCGAGAGGCUACAAGGUUCGUCCUGAGCGGAGUAUGCCCUCCCCACAACACUCACUCACUUGCGCACACACACACACGCGCGCACAUACACAUUCACACGUGUAGAACUGCGACCGCAAAACACACAGCAUGCCUGUAACCACCCCCACUAGAUUUGACUAUAAAGGGAAGCCUUGACUUUAAGGGCAAUCUGAGAAUAUGCCUUUAGAUUUCCAUUCGUUUAACGAAACUGUCAUCCAUGAUCCGCAAUGAGUUUUGUCUAUUCUUCUUUUUAGUAUUUGGUUUGUUUCCUUUUGUUUGGAACACAACACAAAAUCGUAGACCUCACAAAAUAACUGGACUGCCGGCCCAUGUGCAUGUGUCACUGCAGGGGAAGCUUGGUUGCCAUGCAGUAGCCAUUCCAUCAGCUUCACCGAGAGCAGAAUUACCAUGGCAACGGUGUUUUCUUUUUCUAAUCUAUGGAAGUGCCUCAGAGUUUCCAUUAUGCAAUUUGUUACGACAUGAAUUCAGGUUGUUUUUUCUCACAUAUAAGCUAUAAGGUGAUAGAAUUUUAUGUCUGGAUGAAAAAAAAAAUGAUUAAGAAACAAUAACAGCUCAUGACAAAAAGAAUGACAAGCGUCUUUAUAUAUACACACAAUAUAUCCAUAUAUAUUUAUAUAUGCAUUUUCUUUUUCUUUGCGAGAUAAGCUCAGUGGCAGUCUAGUUAUUUUUUGAAGUAUUGGCAUUGUCGUGUCACAUCUUCGUAUUCACACAUUUCUCCACAAAGUACCAGGCCCUUCUUACCAUCAUUCACCAGUAAAUUGAGAACAGAAAAAGUCCAUAGUCAAUUUGAUGGAAACUUUACUUUCAACAGAAAAAAAAGACAUGCUCAUAAGUAUUGAGGGAAUGAGAAGAGGUAAAAAAAGAUAAAGCUUUUUAAUUUUUGUUUUCAGUUGUGUUUGGAUGGGAAUUAUUGUUGAAAAAAAUGAUAAUAAUGUAUGUUGAUUGAGCCAUGUGCAAUGCCUUGAGUAGAACAAGUGUGUUUGCCUGUUAGAUUGUUAGAGGGUGUGACCUGUCAGGAGGGGGUUCAAAAAAAGACCUUCUAUUCUAGUUUCCAGUCCUCCAGCUCCGGGACUCUAAAUGAAAGGGCCGAGAGAAAAAAAAAAAGAAAAAAAUCAGUCUUUGUAAGUUUUGGGAAACUUUUUUUUUUAAUCUUUCUUUUCUUGGCUUUUUAAUGUUUUAUUUGUAAUGAUUUGUUCUCAAUACUUGGGAGGGCUGAAGGAACAGUUUUUUUUCAACACAACAAAAAUAUCUAUAUCAUAUAAAUGAAAACUGGUGCUUUUAUGAAAUAAAGUACAUUCAAUUUCUAUCAUACAUAAAUAAUAAUAAACAAAAAUUAAGUGUUACCAUAAAGCAAAAUUCUAGAUAAAAAAAAACAUGCAUUAUUCUAUUUCUCUCUUUUUUGUAUUUACUAAAGGGGGGGGGAAGGGGUUCAUUGUUGUCGAGGUUGUGACAAAAGGCAUUUUUCUUCCAACCUUUACGCGUAUAAGGUCGGAGAGAUCAUCAGGGAGACUAGAGGAGCAUGCAGGGCAGACAGAUGCGGAACAUUUCACUUUGAUGGACUAGCAAUCAGCCACAUAUUGGACAGCUCAUAAAUUGACUGAUCAUUACCAGAAAGGUAAUCUGUCUAUGCAUUUUUUUCCCAGUCAGACGGACAUGAGUGCAGGCCUAAUGGUGGUGCAAUAUCACAGAAGCAGUGUGUAAGCACGCCGCUUUAGUAUACAGUACAGUCUAGGAGUCCUCAGCACCCUACCUUCCAAGAACAGACCCCUGUUUUCAAGGGCCAGGGCUGUGCGUCACACAUGUACAUAUUGCUGAAUACUUCUCUCCGACAUGAAUGACAAUAUCUUCCCUCCUCUGGGAGAUGCUUCAAAUGCAGAAUCCCCCCUCUUUUGAAGAAGUGGGCUUUCUAUAAGAGCUCCCAGCCCUGAGAAUGACGACGUGUUUUUUUUUUCUUUCAAGAGGACUUGGAGGGAUGGGAGGUGUAAACGUGGAACUCGUUAUUUGGUAGCAUUAGUUGAGUAGUAGACUCCCAUCUCACGCCAAGGGGCAGCAGCGAGGGGAACCAGCGAGAUUAUUUUGAAGCGAUGGAGAUUUUUAUUUUAGAGGUGAGCCCCUACCCCCGACUCCCCCCCACUUCACUUCCCCCCACUCCCGGUUUCCCCACUGUGUAAAUUACUCUGGUUAUUUGUUUCGUGGUGUAGUGUUUAGAUUCAGAGCAUCUUAAAGGUUGUCCCUAAAAAGUGCCUUUUGUUCACAGACUCCAUCUUGUAAUCCUGAGUGCCCAUCUCAACAAAAAAAAAAAUGUAAAAAAGCAAAAAAAAAAAAGAAAUCCCCUCCUUCAUCCUUCUCUUGUACUCUCAUCCUUCAAGCUUUUCAAAGCAGUAUAUAUAGUACUAAAGGAAAAUUGGUGUGACUUAGUUCCUCUUUUUAUCGUUGGAUAAUUAAGAAAAUUGCAAAAAAAAAAAAAAAAAAAAUAUCUGUCUUGCUUUUUUCCUUCCUCUGUGUUUUGUCUUUCUGCCUCUCCUUUGGACACUGGAGUAGUCUGUAGCCGCGUAACCCUCUCCUUGCUCCCACCACUGCCCCCCCCCCCCCCCUUCCUCCCCCCCCCCCCCUCUUUCCCCCUUGACCCUUUUGUCUGGACGGAGGGGGUUUAAAAAAAUACAUAAAUAAAAUGCAAAAACUUUUGUCUGAGCAGAAUGCAGUUAGCUCACAUGUUAUUCUUGUCUGUGCGCUUCACAUUGUAUACCAUACCGAUCUCUUCUCAGCUUCUCCAUUCAACAGUUAAUGUAAGUGAACCAGUCACACCGCUGGGCUGUGGGGAGCUGUCCAUGCCGCGGGGCGGGCCGCAGAGCGCUGGAGGGCGGCUGGCACUCUGAUCACUUCUUUUCUUUCUUCCCCUCUUUUUUUUCAUUGUUCCAUAGCUGUCGUUGUUGUUGGUGUUGUUGUUUUUGUCGUUUUUUUUUCUUUUUUGUUUUGUUUUCUUUUGGAGUGAGAUGGUUAUUGACAUAUCAUGGGGAGGAGGAGAUGCAGGGCCUAAGAGAUCUCGUUGUGGGUGGAGGAGUAAGGAGGCAGAGAGGCCACCUGGGGGCUGAUUAGGGAAGUUUGUGAUGUGUUUUUUUUAACUAUUUAUUUUUAUUUUUGUUUUGUUUUCGUUUUUUUUUUUUUUUAGUUUCGUUUUUUUUACUGAAUUGAGGUUUUUUCGCUUUGAUCUCGUUUGUUGUCAGUGCUACUUUUUUUAGGCAGCGGAGGCUGCACUGAAAAUUUGUUUUCUUUUUUUUCCCUUUUUGUUUGUUUGUUUUGUUUUGUUUUUCUUUUGGAUGAUGCACCUUUCUAGCGGUUGAUCGAGACCAGCUGUUUUAAACAACUGAAAAAAAAGACCUGAAAUGACUAAGCACCUUAUAACGGAAGGGGUACGGGCAGGGUAGGGUGAGGCUCAGAUUUAUACUCCUGAUCUUAAUCCGUUAAUCCCAGCAUCUGACUUAUUAUUUAAAUAAUAAAAAAAAGACAUACAGCGUAAUGACUAAUGAAUCGAGCCAAACUGCCAAACCAAAGUGAUGUGGUCAAAGAUGCUGCAUGCCACUGAAAAACCCAGACUGUGGUUCCAACAAAGUCACCUUAUCAAUUACACCAGCAACGACAAAACCAGGUUUUCAGGUCAAUGAGAUAUGGCUCAGGCUCCAAAGACGUCAUAUUUCUCACCAGAUUAUGCAAGAUGACAGCAGUCUUUUAUUUCUCCUCGUUAACAAAACAUACCCAAUAAUAGCAGUAUUAGCCAUGACUGGAGACCACCACAGCUGACAAGCCAUAGUGACAUGCAGGCAACCCGGGAGCCCCUUUUUGCUCUCCGUCCCCCUGCUUCCCCGAGCCAAAACCUCCCUGACACCUGCCCCUCCGUGCUUUGAGUUUGUUUUUUGUUUGUUUUUCCUUCCAUAUAUCUCGUUUUAUCCUUUUUUUUUUUUUCUUUCUUAGGAGUUUUUAUACGUUUUGCGAAGUGUGUAGGGCAUUUGGGCCGUGUGUAGAAAGUAGCGUGGAGGCCCCCAGGCCCCUGCUCCCACCCAUCUCAGCCCCGCCCCCUGCCAGCAGCAAGCCCGCUCUCUGGCCACAGCCCCCCACAGCUCUUGGUGAAAUGCAUGUGUUAAUUACAAUUUCUUUUCCAUAAUAAGGAAAAAACAGUUUGAAAAGAGCAACUGAUUGAAUAAAAGGAUGUUCUUGACUGUAA